UCAGUGAUGUCGUUUCCAUGGAGACGGCCCCUCCCUCUGACUCAUCAGGAACCAAUAAGCCGCGGAUCAACGUGGGGCAGGGCUACCAGGUGGAAGUCCCGCCCCUUCAGGACAGGAAACGCGCCCACUCUGACUCCCACAAUGCACUGCAGCUGUGGACGCCAUCAGACGAGUUGGAGGAUCCUGCCAAUCAGCAGAGAGUGGAAGCUCUGCUGACGAUGGCGUGCUCAGGCGUGGUGCCAGGGGGCGGGACUAGCCCAGAGUUCACCCUCAACAUCCUAUCAGAGUGCAGAGGAGACUUCCUGCUGACGGUGGAGAAGCUGCUGUCGACUCCUGAAACUCAGUCAGCAGGUGGUGUCCGGUGGAGUCCAGCUGAGAGGAAGCUGAUGGUCAAAUCUCUGCAGCUUCAUCAGAGAGACUUCAGGAGCGUCCAGAAAGCCGUGCAGACCAAGACCCUCCCUCAGUGUGUGGAGUUUUAUUAUCUGUGGAAGAAGAAGCUGAGUCUGAGCGCCAGGACCACGGCCGGCCUCACCGUCGCUCUGCCCGACAAAAACGGUCAAAGGUCGUGAGGACGGGUCACGAACCAGCAGGACUGUCGACCAAUGGAGCAACACACUACACACACACACACACACACACACACACACACACACACACACACACACACACACACACACACACACACACACAGAUAUAUCUAUAUGUUGUUAUUAAAGCUUAACCCUCCUGUCGUCCUCCCGGGUCAAAUUGACCCUGUCUCUUUUGACUGUUCCUUCUUUCCUUCCUUCCAUCCUUCCUUUCCUUCCUUCCUCCCUUCCUUCUUUCCUUUCC